AUGGUACAUUAUGGAAUCAUAUAUUUAAAUAUCACUAAUACAUUAAUUUGCAAACAAGUGGAAUUUAAAUUAGAGGAAUUUGACUUUGAUAGCACUAAAAACGUGGUGUUUUUAAAGAGCUACGAUAUUUCCCUGUCUACUGUUAAUGCCGAUAUAUCGGAGAAUCGAAUUCUCAGAGUAUGUGUUAACGACUUGUUGGCUAAAUUGAAAACGGGGUACAAUUUGAGUAGAAUUUUCAGUAAGCUUUCUGUGGCAUUUUCUAUCUUAUCGUGUUUUUGUCUGUUAAUCACAUUUCUCACGUACUGCUUCUUCCGAGAACUAAGAUCCCUCCCCGGGAAAACAAUAAUGGUUCUUGUGUCUACCAUUUUUAUCAUAAAUAUUGUAUCUCUGGCGAGUUACGGGGAUAACAAAAACAGCACAAAAUGUACCGUCGUUGGUAUUCUUCUUCACUACCUCUGGCUCUCGUCUUUUACGAGUAUGAACAUCUGUUGUUUCCAUAUAUAUCGGGUGUUUCAGUCCAGUGUGCCACUGAUUAUGAACAAGUACCUGUUCAUAAAGUAUUGUAUUUACAUCUUUCUCCUGCCACUUUGCACAGUUUUGGGGAAUAUGAUCGCAGUGUUUUCAAGUCGGGGGAAUGUCGGUUAUGGAAGGCGCAUUUGUUUCAUAGAUGGAAUAAUGUCCUUGAUAAUUACUUUUCUAGUUCCGGUUGGUUUACUCUGCCUCCUUAAUGUCUUUUUCUUUACACAGACGAUACGCGCAAUUAAACGUUCUCCAACGGUUUCUAACAAUAAACCCGAAAGGAACGAUUUUUUGAUAUGUGUACGCUUAUUUCCUAUAACAGGAGUCUUCUGGCUUUUGCAGAUUUUGGACGGUAUUUUACCGCUAAGUUAUUUCACGUACAUUAUAUCCGUCUUAAACACAUCACAGGGCGUGUUCAUAUUUCUUGGUUUUGUUUGCAAUAAAAGGACAGUUCUUAUGUUCAAAAAUGUAUAUAAGGAAAAGACAGGAAGUACUAAAACUACAGUUCUUAGAAGUGCGUGUGAAACACCCCAAAUGUUAACAAGUGAAAACAGUUGCUAGUUUUGGACAUCACAUUUUACAAACGCUGAAACAUACAUUUAUAUUAUACUCAGUAUAUGUUGUAUUUAUUUAUUUUUAUAAUAUAGGGUUAUUGAACUUCUAUUGGUGAAUAUUGGCACGAGUUGGCCGUUCAAAUGCACGAGG